AUGGCUAUCGUUAAGCGUGGUGGGCGUACCAAGGCCAAGCAACAGGCACCCCCCACAAAGAGUGGCGGGAUCCAAAAGGCUGAAUUCGAUGUGCUCAAAAAGAAAGAAGUUGGUGUCUCCGAUUUGACUCUCUUGUCUAAGAUCUCCGACGAAGCCAUCAACGAGAACUUGCACAAAAGAUUCAUGAACAACACCAUCUAUACAUACAUUGGACAUGUGUUGAUCUCGGUGAAUCCGUUCCAAGACUUGGGUAUUUACACCCCAGAACACCUCAACAAGUAUAAGGGCAGAAACCGGUUGGAAGUUCCACCCCAUGUGUUCGCCAUCGCUGAAUCGAUGUACUAUAACCUCAAGUCCUAUGGCGACAACCAGUGUGUGAUCAUCUCGGGUGAAUCUGGGGCUGGUAAGACCGAGGCUGCCAAGCAGAUCAUGCAAUACAUUGCCAACGUCUCUGUCGACUCAGGAAACGAUGACAUCUCCAAAAUUAAGGACAUGGUCCUUGCCACCAAUCCCCUUUUAGAAUCCUUCGGAUGUGCCAAGACUUUGAGAAACAACAACUCGUCGAGACACGGAAAAUACCUUGAGAUUGAGUUUGACGAGUCUUCGUACCAGCCUAUCGCUGCCCACAUCACCAAUUACUUGUUGGAAAAGCAGAGAGUUGUAUCCCAGAUUACCAAUGAGCGUAAUUUCCAUAUCUUCUACCAGUUCACAAAGCAUUGUCCUCCCAAAUACCAACAAGCUUACGGUAUUCAAGGACCCGAAACAUAUAUCUACACCUCGGCUGCAAAAUGUAUAAAUGUGGAUGGUGUGGAUGACAACAAGGACUUCCAGGACACUUUAUCUGCCAUGAAUGUCAUUGGUUUGAGUCCCGAGGAGCAGGAUAACAUUUUCAGAAUGUUGGCUGCGAUCUUGUGGAUUGGUAAUAUUUCAUUCGGGGAAGAUGAGUCUGGAAAUGCCCAAAUCAGAGAUGAAAGCGUCACCAAUUUUGUGGCAUACUUAUUGGAUGUCAAUGACCAAGUGUUAAUCAAAGCCAUGACCGAAAGAGUUAUGCAAACAUCACACGGUAUGAGGAGAGGUUCAACAUAUCAUGUUCCUCUUAACAACGUCCAAGCAACUUCGGUUCGUGAUGCAUUAGCCAAGGGUAUCUACAACAACUUGUUCGAAUGGAUUGUGGAGAGAGUGAAUAUUUCUCUCAAGGGUAAACAAGUUGCCAGUAAGUCUAUUGGUAUUUUGGAUAUUUAUGGUUUCGAAAUCUUCGAGCAUAACUCUUUCGAACAGAUUUGUAUUAAUUAUGUCAACGAAAAGUUACAGCAGAUUUUCAUUCAAUUGACUCUUAAAGCAGAACAAGAUGAGUAUGUUCAAGAACAAAUCAAAUGGACUCCAAUCGAUUAUUUCAACAACAAGGUCGUCUGUGACUUGAUUGAAGCAGUGAGGCCACAACCAGGUCUCUUUGCAGCCUUAAAUGACUCGAUUAAGACUGCUCACGCGGACUCGGAUGCUGCUGACCAGGUUUUUGCACAAAGAUUAAACAUGGUCGGUGCAAACAACAAGUACUUCGAAGACCGUAGGGGUAAAUUCAUUAUCAAGCAUUAUGCUGGAGAUGUGGUUUAUGAGGUUGAAGGUAUGACUGAUAAAAACAAAGAUGCAAUGUUAAAGGAUUUAUUAGAGUUGUUGAGCACGUCCUCAAACAGUUUCGUGCAUACUUUAUUCCCUGCUGAAUUACUUUCUGCAAUGGAAGAUUCAAAGAAGAGACCAGAAACCUCGUCGGACAAAAUUAAAAGAUCGGCUAAUCUUCUUGUUGACACAUUGUCUAAAUGUCAACCAUCGUACAUUAGAACCAUUAAGCCAAAUCAAACUAAAAGGCCAAAGGAAUAUGACAAUAAUCAAGUUUUGCAUCAAGUUAAGUACUUGGGUUUGAAAGAAAACGUUCGUAUUAGAAGAGCAGGUUUUGCUUAUAGAACAACUUUCGAUAAAUUUGUGCAGAGAUUCUUCUUAUUAUCUCCCGCAACUGGUUAUGCUGGUAACUACAUCUGGAAUGGAGAUGAUUUGUCUGCAGUCAGAGAAAUUUUGAGAGCCUGUUAUAUUCCAGAUAGUGAAUAUCAAUUAGGAACAACGAAAGUUUUCAUAAAGAAUCCAGAAACCUUGUUUGCCUUGGAAGAUAUGAGAGAUAAGUAUUGGUACAAUAUGGCAGCUAGAAUUCAAAGGGCUUGGAGAAGAUAUGUGAAGAGAAAGGAAGAUGCUGCCAAGGUUAUCCAACAAGCAUGGAGAAUGAAGCACCAUGGAAACCAAUUUGAGCAAUUACGUGAUGAAGGUAACAGAAUGCUCCAAGGAAGAAAAGAGCGUAGAAGAAUGUCCAUGCUAGGCUCUAGAGCUUUCAUGGGUGACUACCUCGGAAGCAAUGACUCUUCUGGUUAUGGUAGGUUUAUUGCCAACCAAGUGGGCAUCAACGAACAUAUUGUGUUUUCUGGUAAAGGUGACAUCUUGUUAUCUAAAUUUGGUAGAUCUUCUAAGAGGUUACCACGAAUCUUUAUCUUAUCCAAGCACACUAUUUACAUCAUUGCUGAGGUAUUGGUUGAAAAGAGAUUGCAAUUACAAGCAGAAUUCAAAAUACCAGUAAACUCGUUGAACUAUGUUGCUUUGUCAACCUUGCAAGAUGGUUGGAUUGGUAUUUCAUUGCACAGUCCAACUCCAACUACUCCUGAUGUAUUUGUGAACUUGGAUUUUAAGACCGAGUUUAUCACACACUUGAAGAAGUUGAAUCCUGGAUUGACAAUUAACAUCGGACCUACCAUUGACUACCAAAAGAAGGCUGGAAAGUUCCAUAAUGUUAAGUUUGCUAUUGGCAAUGGCCCAGAGGUUCCAAAGUACGGUGAUUUCUACAAAUCUGGUAAGGUUACAGUUAAUCAAGGUUUGCCGGCCAACAGCCAAAAUCCUAAAAGGCCAAGAGGCAAGCCUGGACAAGUGGAUUACAGCAAGUACUAUAAUAGAGGAGCAAAUCUUAGAGCUCAUGCUUCAUCCUACCAACUGCAACCUUCGCAUCAGUCAAACAAUGGUUAUCAACACAUUCAACCUGUGCAACCAGCCGUUCCAGCUCAGCAAACCAGAAAAGUGCCACCACCUGCUCCUGUUGCUACCCAGCCAGCCGCUCAUGCGAUUCCAAAGCCUGCUGCUCCUAGCAGACCACUUAAGAAGACUGCUCCAGCUCCUCCAGCUAAGAAGGUGGCCCCACCACCCCCUCCUCCAGCCUUAUCAAAGCCUAAGUUCCCAACCUAUAAGGCGAUGUACGACUAUGACGGGUCGGUGGCCGGCUCUAUUCCACUUGUCAAGGACCAGACUUACUACGUGACCAGUGUGAAUGGAAAGUGGGGUUUGGUGAAGCUCUUGGAUGAGUCGAGAGAGGGUUGGUCUCCAAUCGACUACUUGCAAGAGAUCAGUCCGCCAGCCAACGUUGGUGGUGCCUCAAAGCCUGCGCCUCCACCAGCACCUGCUCAACCAUCGAAUCCAGUGGCCAAUGGCAAUGGUGGUGCCAAUUUGAGCAACGGUUUAGCUGAUGCUUUAAAGGCUAAAAAGAGCGGAGAACAUGCAAUGGCUGGUUCAUUGGCUGAUGCUUUGAAGAGAAGACAAGGUGCAACUAGAGACGAUAGUGACGAGGAGCCCGAAGAUGACGAUGACUGGUGA